GCACUGCGCCCUCCCGGCGUGGGGCGUCGCUGUAUCGGUCUGCGCGCUCGACACAGAUACCUCCGGCGCUCGGGCAGGGGUGGGAGGCGGAGCGAAGGCGUAGGGGCGGUGUCACCGCGGGCUUGGGGCGGCCGGCGGCUAGCGGAGGCGGCCGAGUCGGUGGUCCUGGCGUGAUGGCUGCCUCGGUGUUCUGCUGCUUGCGGUGCUGCAGGGACGGCGGGACGGGACACAUCCCUCUGAAGGAGAUGCCGGCAGUGCAGCUGGACACGCAGCACAUGGGAACAGAUGUUGUCAUUGUAAAAAAUGGAAGAAGAAUAUGUGGAACAGGAGGUUGUUUAGCCAGUGCCCCUUUACAUCAAAACAAAAGCUACUUUGAAUUCAAAAUCCAGUCCACAGGAAUAUGGGGUAUUGGCGUCGCAACUCAGAAAGUUAACUUGAAUCAGAUUCCUCUUGGCCGAGAUGCCCACAGUCUGGUGAUGAGGAAUGAUGGAGCCCUAUACCACAACAACGAGGAGAAAAAUAGGCUGCCAGCAAACAGCCUCCCACAGGAGGGAGACGUGGUGGGUAUUACAUAUGACCAUGUAGAAUUAAAUGUAUAUUUGAAUGGAAAAAAUAUGCAUUGUCCAGCAUCAGGUAUACGAGGGACAGUGUAUCCGGUUGUUUAUGUUGAUGACAGUGCAAUUUUGGAUUGCCAGUUCAGUGAAUUUUAUCACACUCCUCCACCUGGUUUUGAAAAAAUAUUAUUUGAACAGCAGAUCUUCUGAGUGUAUUUGUUUUUGAAACUUGUGUUUCUGCACUUUUAAAAGUGUUUACCAUUUAAUAAAGCUUUACCUGACCUGUAGAUGAAAAUAUAUUCUUAAAAAUAUGCUUGUUAAUGUUGUUUAAGGAACCAGUGUAUUCAAGAUACCAUCUGGAAGUUGUGAUUUAAAAUACUUCUGUUUUGUGAGAUGAAAUCUGCAUUUUGGACAGUUUAUUUAAUUGUUAUUUAAAUAAAUAUAACUGUGGGUUUGAUUAACAGUAUUAAGUAGAAAUAUGUAUAUAGAUAUUUAAAAGGGAAUCUUUCUUACGUAAAGUAUUUGUUUUUAUAAUAGAGAUGUAGAAUUGGGUGGGUUUUUCUCAUUCUGAAAUUUAGACCUCAUUAUUUUAAGUCUGCAGUCUAAUAAUUUUGUGUCUCAGUGUUCUUUUUUAUACAGAGGAUAACAAAGUGACAGAAAAUAUAUCAUUGGGAACUUCUUUUUUGGUGAUUUAUUUACUGUAAAAUGUACCACUUUUCUUAAACUUUAAAUUGUUUAUUUUGUUUGUAUGUCAUUGCUUUUGAUUUGCUUUGUGAAAGGAGAUAAAUGUUUCAGUAACUGUCAGAGCAUUUUGUUGAAGACCAUCAUGCUGUGUUACUUCAGUACCAGAGUAAGUAGUGGUUGAUUGGUGAUGUAGUAUACACUGGCAGACAUUUCGAAUAGUAUGCUGCUUUAAACUUAAAUAUAAUGAGAUUAUUCUUUUAAGGACUUUUAUUUAAAUAUGUGUUUUUCUGUAAGGAAUAAUAAAAUAAUAGUAAUUAAGGAAUAUUUAGUACUAUACUAAAUACACGUUCUUCCUGUUUUGUUAAGUAUACAUUAAAUUCACUUCAUCCUUGAUUAUUUCAGAAGUUCAGAGAUCAGCGAAUCCUCUCUGUGACCUUGAGCCUUUGCCAAGUCUUCAGUUAAGAUUCCUUUAAUGCUCUACUAACCUGAAUUAAUCACUGUACUCAGUGAUGGGUACAGUUUCCUUUUCUAGAGAGCAUGCCGAGGAUGUGUACAUUUCCCUCCUUUGGCAACAAGUACAAAGUGUGUUGUGCUCGAAAAACAUGGGCAUUAGAAUCAGAGAUCUGAACUGAUCUAAUCCCAUUACCUCCUCAGCUGAGUUCCUUAGCUUCCCUGAGCUCAGGUUCCCCAUUUAUAAAAGGGAUACUCAUACUUGCUUGAUAAGAUUCUGUAACUAAUUAAGCUAAUAUCUGAAAAACAUCUGAAUCAUCAUAGGCACUUAAUAAAUGUAGCUUCCUUGUUGACUCUUAAGAAGUGGUUUUCAUAGUGUUCUCAGACAUCAGCACCGCCUGGGAACUUUAUAGAAAUGCACAUUCUCAGGCCCUGCCCCAGACCUACUGAAUCAGAAACUGCCAGGAACAGCACCCAGGAAUCUAUGUUUGAAUAAGCCUUUCAGGCGAUUCUAAUACAUGCUAAAGUUUGAGAACCACUGCUCAGGAGAGAAUGAUUUCCUACCAUAAAAUUUCUAAAGAUUUAAGGCUAUUUUUGACCCAUAGGCAAGAGAAUCCUACACAGUGUUUAUUGUUUGUUUGGUAGAUAAAAAUGUGACAAUAUGCUUUGAAAACAUAAAUAUACUUAAGUAAAUUUAUAUACAACCUAAAUUUACCUCUGAAGAUACAGAAUUGAACUAACUAUAUUAUUUAUGCAUUUUUGUCUGAUGUUCUGUCUUAAUUUGUAAAGAACAUGGUUACUUUGGAAAGCAAAUUAAAAUGACUACUGUUUGCUGUCUUUA